GUGGCCCAGCCUACCAGAUCCCCAGGGCAGCCCUGCCAGCCCAGCUCAGGCUGGCCCGGCUUGGCCUCACACGCACCAUGAAGUACCCUCUGGUGCCGCUGGUGAACGACCUCACGUUCUCUUUCCUGGUGUUCUGGCUCGGCCUGCCUGUGGCCUUGCUGUUGUUCUUGUUGAUCGUCUGGUUUCGCUUCUUACUUAGCCAAGAUUCAGAGGAAAAUGAGUCGGAUUUGUGCUUUGACUGGGAGCCAUGGAGCAAAGGCCCAGCCGAGUGGGACAGUACACUCCAGAGCCAAGAGGAGGAGAGGCCCGGCCAGUGAGCCAGUUCUGCCAGACCCAACCUGCCAGUUGCUCCCAGCUUGGUUUUCCUGGAGUCCACUGGGCAGUGGCAAUGGCCGAAGUGGAUGGGAGAGACUCGCCAAGGAGGGGAGAGGACUUCAGCGACUGAGGCGCUUUUCUGGGCCGCCCACCUCGUUCCCUCCAAAGUCUCCGGAGGACCCCCAGGUCUCGGGGAAGAGCCCGCAGCUGUGAGGAUGGUAUAAGCAGUCACACGGGGGAAGUUGGCCAAAUGAAUUGAGAAGAGGUCCUCGGGCAGGGCUGGGCCUGAGCGUGUGGGUCCAUAUUAAAGGCAACAAGGGCUGCCUGAGCUCAGGAGACCCUGAUGCGCGUUCUGGGCCUGA